GAGCGUAUUGACUUGCCGGUCUUAUUUUACUAAAGCGUAGCGUAAAAUGUGCCUCUUGUACCAUUGGCUGAUGGGUUUAACUUCUUUGGGGACACACAUUGUUGAUGGUGUGGUUUAUUUCGUUUACUGAAGUAGUUGAAGGAGGCAAAUGUUAAACCUAUCAAAGGUGAUAGUUGUAAAAUAAUUGGCCACUUCAGUUUUUGUGUUUCGUACCAUUGUGUUGACAAGUUUGAAAGAGAAAUUGUUUUAAAAUAUUUUACAAAUUGUGCUAAAUGGACAAUUAUGUUGGAAUAAAAUUGAAAUUGAAUUUUUACACUGUUAUGGACUUGCUGGCAAUUUAAAUAUCAGAUUGAGAGUGUGCCGAGAAAUGUGGAUUGAGUGUAGUAUUCUGUAGUGCUAUCAUCAACAUUCAUCACCAUGUUGUUCCAAAUCAUCUCUAUCCUCAUCUGCCUGCUUGCAAUGACCACUGCCAACAGUCCAAAAAUCCAGUUUUCUCUAAUGGAGGAGUUACCAAGUGGACAUCUUGUUGGGAGCAUAGCGAACAAAAGUGUUCAACACUUGAACUACACCGUGAGUGAACUGUCCUACAGAUUUUUGACGCAGAGUGAAGCUCAGUCUUUGUUCACCAUCAACGACAAUUCGGGCGACAUUUUCACAUCUGUUGUGAUCGACCGGGAACACAUCUGCGGGUACGACACAGUGUGUGUGAAAAGUUUCGACGUUGCAGUGAAAUCCAAGGACUUGCAGUAUGUUCAGAUUAUCUCAGUGGAGAUACUUAUACAAGAUAAGAAUGACAACUCACCUAUGUUUGUGACCGAGAGCAACAUCAUAGCCAUACCGAAGACAGUAGUGUGAACUCUGUUUAAACUCGAAACAGCCACAGAUAAAGACACAGGGGCAAAUAACUCGGUACAAGCGUAUGAACUGGUGAUGAACAAUGACUCCAAAGAUUUUUUUAAAUUAAACAUCACAAUCAACAGGGACAGUACAUUUAACCUGAGGCUUGUCCUCCUGAGAAGUCUGAACAGGGAAGCAAAGGAUUCUUAUAGUUUGGUCCUAGUUGCUAAAGAUGGUGGAAAUCCUCCGAAAACUGGUACCCAGAAGAUCAUCAUUAACGUUACAGAUGCCAAUGACAAUGCUCCAGAAUUUACCCAGAAAAUUUACAAUGUUACCAUCAAAGAAAACACUGCGCCCAUGGAGACCAUCCUUACUGUUUCGGCCUCUGAUAAGGAUUUGAAUGAGAACGCUAAAGUUAGCUACAGAAUCAGCGAAUACAAUCUGAACAAAGAUAGACUAGGUGAUACGUUUGUGAUGAUCUCUGAAACGGGAGAAUUAAAAGUGAAAUCUGACUUUACUGCACUUGCUGGUCAGGUUGUCCGUUUCUUCAUUGAAGCAUACGACCAUGGAGUGAACCCGUUAUACUCCCAGGCCGAGGUAGUCGUAAACAUCGAAGAUGACAGUAACAAUGCACCAAAGGUCACUAUCAGUUUCAUCACUGCAGGUAACAAAGGGUUUGUGGACAUUCCAGAAAAUUCUAUGAACAAUUCAUUUGUUGCAUACGUAGAUGUUGUGGAUUCUGACAAGGGAGAUGAUGGCGUAGUUGACUGUUCAGUCUCCAAUAGCCAUUUUUCUAUUGUGAAAAUAAGCAAAGGUUUCAAAGUUGUUGUGAACUCCAUUUUGGACCGGGAAGUUCUCAGUACCUACAACCUGACUGUGACAUGCUCUGACAAAGGAACGCCUGUUCUUAGCGAGAGCGCAUCAUUCUUACUUCAUGUCACCGACUCAACUGACAAUAAACCAGUCUUCAGUCCUAAUAAUUACACAGCCAGGCUUCCAGAACACAAUAAAGGCAAUGAAAUGAUUCUUCAGGUACUGCAAGAGACGCUGAUAGUGGUAGCAAUGCCCUUUUCACCUUUCUACCCAAUGAGGACGCAAGGGGACGUUUCGUUGUGGACAGCAGCACCGGAGUUGUUUGCCAAUGCCAUCUUUGAUCGUGAAAACGAACCAGUGAUAUUGUUCCAUGUUCUUGCUGUGGACAACGGAAACCCUUCCCUGACUGGGACAGCCAUUAUUGUGCUGACAAUCGCCGACGUGAAUGACAAUGCACCGAUGUUCAUUCAAUCCUCGUAUGAACUGAAGAUAAAGGAAAAUCAGGGAACAGGAACUGAUGUGUACACCUUCAAAGCUACAGAUUUAGAUGAAGGAAGCAAUUCUGUAUUCGAUUUCAAAAUUGACUCACAGAAUAGUGAAAUUGUGCCAUUUGUCCUUUUACAAGACGGACUACUAAAAACUAACAAACAGCUUGACAGGGAAGAAAGAAGCCGAUACGAUUUUGUUGCCAUAGUAACUGACAGGGGAGAUAACCAUUUGAGUACCAGAGCGCUCGUUUCUGUAAUUGUAGAGGAUGAAAAUGACAAUAGUCCAGUGAUAACGUUUCCAAGGCCUUCCAACAACAGCGUGGAAGUGGAAUAUCCAGAUUAUGCGUCAGAGUACAUCACAACUGUGGAAGCUUAUGACAUUGAUGCUGGCAGAAAUAAAGAUCUCGUAUUUUCCAUUGCUGCUGGUAAUGAACUAGGCAUUUUCAAGUUGGACUCAGAAACGGGCAAUCUUUGUUUCAACAGCAAGGUUGAUAUUGGUUCGGAUUUGAUGAUAGGUUUGGACAUAAGUGUGAAAGAUCAAGGGCUUGUACCCCUGGAAACAAUGAAAACGCUGUUUGUUGAUCUAAAAUACACAAAUGCCACCUUUCUGAAGAGCACAUUGGAUUCAGUUCAGUCAAAGAACAUCAUCAUUACGGUGGUGGUAGUCGUGGUUACCUUGGUCAUCUCAGGUACCAUAAUUGGUGUCAUCUUGUUCCUGAGGACAGCGGACAAGCGUCGUAAGGCCACAGAAAAAGUGGCCAAUAACUCCAGUUCGAGUCUCAGUUCAGAUUUUGGAUUCACGGCCCAAAAUCCGAAUCACACGAUCCUCUCCAUAGACACGCUUUCAUCAGUGUCUGCGUCAGGCGAAGGGCAAGACUUGAUUAAGAAGAAAGAAGUCAGCUUCCAGGAUUCCUAUGAAUACCACCAGCGCAAGCAAACAGCAAGUUUUACCACAGGAAGCGACAAGCCAUCAAAGUCCUCACUACGAGUCAACCCACAGCAUUUUUCUCCCCACUUGGUUCCCCAAGUCCCAGAGUCACAGCAAACACGUGAACCAGUUCCCCCCUCGCAACUCGACACUCUGGAACUUCAGUACCAGGCCAGCAGCCAACUGAGCACGCUGAAACUGCAGCAGCUGAUGCUCCAGAGUCGCGCCAAGCAGUGGGUGGAGCAGCAGCAGACGUUUGGAACCACGAGGACCACGUCCCAGCAUGACGACCACCACAGUGAAGGGUCCGCGGAGACCAUCGCCAGUGACAGCGGGCGUGGGUGCAGUGAGGAGGACGAUGUGUUCAGCACGCCUUCAGCAGACGAUCCAAAACUGUUUGAAAUCUCCAGUCCUGAGUCGCAACGCAGUAAGGACUGCACAACAGGUCAGCGUCAGAACAGACCCCUGGAGGCUCCGGGUUACACCGCACUAUGCUUCAAGGAGCCCUGGACCAGAAAGCCCCAUCUGAAGUCCCACUUAGCACCUAUUAGCCAUAGUCAGAUCAGCUUAAAUCGAAAUCUAAAUGUUCGACACUCAGUGCAGUCAGACAGUACUUACAGCAUUUACAAAGACAGUAAUAACGGAUUCUCUUGGGGUAGUUGCUUACAUGGACAAGAUUUCACUGGGGAUUCUGCCCUUCAUUCGUUCUUUGAUAAAACUCCGGUGAAUUACACAAAUGCGUACAGAGAUGAUGACGAUAUGUGUUCAACCACAACCUCGGGGAGUUACACAAUAAAUCCAGAAAUCGAUUUUUUGUGAGAGAUAUUAAGAGACGCUGUGACUCUAAUUAAGAUUUAACUGUGAUAUGUGUUGGGGGAUUUACAAAUGGAACAAUAAGAGAUGAACCAGUUUUCACAGUAGAUGUCAACAACUGAAUGAUGGUUGGUGUAAAGCCUCUUUUCAGACAAGCAAAGCUUUGUUUAGACAAUUAAAUGCAAAGAGACUUUCAUUUUAAUGGUUGUUGCAGAAGACAAAAUGACAAUUAUUUACUGUUCUGUUUUGAUCCUUUUAUUAAACUAGUGCUGGAACUCUGUUCAAUACCAAAGUUUGUUUUUUAUAUUUUCAGUAAAACUGAUGAACUUGAAUAGUGUGUAUAUAUUGUAAUAUAUUGCAAUAUGCUUUAACUUAUGAUUGUUAUACUAUUGUUAAGAAUUCAAAUAUGUUGUUUGCAUUUAACCAUGGGUUUAUGAACUAUCAUCACCCAAUGCCAAAUGAAAUUUGUGUACAUUUAUUAAUUUCACCAUAGUUUAUUUUGAAAAUUAUACCAACAAUCUGCAUUUUAGCAAUGUAAAGGUGAAGAAAAAACAAAGAAACAGAGAUGAGUUGGAUGAAGUGUUUGCAUUUGAACACUUGGUGCUAAUAUUGUACAAAAUGUUCAAUAAAUUGUGUAGAGCAUUGGAAGCUUAUGAUCUCAGAUAAUAAAAACAUGUCAAAAUA